CACAGUCAGGAAGAGCUUGCACUCCAGCUUAGCAUUCAGUUCGGCACAGACGCUCUUAGCCUCUCCUCUAGGUUUCUUUUGGGACUUUUGGUGCAGCCAAACAAACAAUAAGCAGCCAUGGAUGCCAUCAAGAAGAAGAUGCAGAUGCUCAAGCUCGACAAGGAGAAUGCCUUGGACAGAGCUGAGCAGGCUGAGGGAGACAAGAAGGCAGCAGAGGACAAGAGCAAACAGUUAGAGGAUGACAUAAGAGAGUUGGAAAAGAAAUUGCGUAUUACCGAAGACGAAAGAGAUAAAGUGGCUGAAGAAUUCCAAACUGCCGAGGAAAAGCUGCUGAGUGCUGAAGAGGUGGCCACGAAGGCUGAGAGCGAUGUCGCUUCCCUUAACAGACGCAUCCAGCUGGUUGAGGAGGAGUUGGAUCGUGCACAGGAGCGUCUGGCUACUGCUCUGACCAAGCUGGAGGAGGCUGAGAAGGCUGCUGACGAGAGCGAGAGAGGCAUGAAGGUUAUUGAGAACAGGGCCAUGAAGGACGAGGAGAAGAUGGAGCUGCAGGAGAUCCAGCUGAAGGAGGCCAAGCACAUCGCUGAGGAGGCCGACCGCAAAUACGAGGAGGUUGCCCGUAAGCUGGUCAUCAUUGAGAGUGACCUGGAGCGUACAGAGGAACGUGCUGAGCUCUCAGAAGGCAAAUGCUCUGAGCUUGAGGAAGAGUUGAAAACUGUGACCAACAACCUGAAGUCACUGGAGGCCCAGGCUGAGAAGUACUCCCAGAAGGAGGACAAGUACGAGGAGGAGAUCAAGGUCCUGACAGACAAGCUGAAGGAGGCUGAGACCCGUGCUGAGUUCGCUGAGAGAUCUGUAGCCAAGCUUGAGAAGACCAUUGAUGAUUUGGAAGAGAAACUCUCACAUGCUAAAGAAGAGAACCUUGAUAUGCACCAGAUGUUGGACCAGACUCUCAUGGAACUGAAUAAUAUGUGAAAGUUUGGUUUCCUCUUCAGUUUUGGCUUUUUGUACUUGCACCUCGCUUGCCAUGAACCCCCUUCCAUUCCAUGCCAAUGGUGGAGACCAAACAUCCAGAUGCUUCUUUCUAUUGCACCAUACUGCUUUCAGUAAAACUCAACAUGGGAGCAAGACUGAAGGGAAGGUACAACAUUUCCUUAACAAAGCCCUAAAUGAGAAACACUUAUUUUGUUAUUUUGCUGAUGUAUACCUGCAAUGAUGUCAGCAUUUUGUAGUCAAGUAUAGUCAAAUAAAUGUGACAAGCGAUCAGGGGAAAUUGUGCCAUUUGUUAAAAAAUAAGUUGUUUUGACCUGUGUCUGGUGGAUUGAAGGUAAAUUUAUCUGAUGCAUACCCAUUCCAUCCUGAUUAAACGUACACCAUGCAUUUCCAACUAAGACAAAGUGGAAAAAUGUUGCACUUAUUUCAUUGUGAUUGUGAGAUGUCAGGUUUUUAAAACCAUCUAUUGACUGGUGCUUCUGUGUUGUCAAGUAGUUUCAAGAAAAGAGUAGGAAAUUCAUUUAUGAUUAAAAUAGAGUCCAAAACUCAUUUUGUUAACUUUUUCAUUUGUCUUGUUUGGUGCCAGUAUGAUACCCUGACUAGAAAGGGAUCUGUCUACAUGCCCAAGUAUAUUUAUUUUUCUUUUGAGCCUGAAAUUCAUUACAAAUUGUAUGCCAACAUUAUCUUGCUAAUGCAUUCCUAUUUUCUUUUUGGGGAAACCAUAGUUCGAAAUUUUUUCAUCUUGUCUUAAGUAUGAUUUCCGUCAUGUUUGGUUGUGCCUUGUUUUUAUUAUUUUUAUUAAAUGUAGAUGUAAGUGUAUAUCAUAUCUGAAAUAAAAUGUAUAUUAAAUAAGGAUUUUAAAUAAAAUCGCACAGUUUGAGAUUGUAUAA